AUGACAGGACAAAGGUUUGGGAAAUGCUUCACCCUUUGCCUGCUGCCCUGGAGCUGCCUGAGCUUUGCCUGGAGUGAUGCUGCUGGGCCUGGGACCGCCUCGCCUGGGGCAGGACACGUCAGAAAGGGGCUGCCCAGAGACGUUGUAAACGGAACCUACGUGCACAGCAACAUCUCAGUGCCAUGCACGGCUCUCCCACCGCCUCGCUACGGAUACUACUAUGUGGACAGUGGUUCGGGCAUCUCCUUGGGCUCAGUCCUCGUGUACUGGUGCCAGGAGGGGUACCAGCUGGUGGGCAGCAAGAGGCUCUCCUGCCUCCGCCGGGAGAGCGCUUCAUCCUGGAGCCACCCACCGCCCCACUGCCAGGCCGCCCCGCAGCCCUCGGACACCGGCUCCCGCGCUGCGGUGGCCGCCUCGCUGCUGAGCGGAGCCGUGAUCCUGGCCCUGUCCGUCUCCUUCGCCGUCUGCUGCUGGCGGGAUAGGGCGAGGAGGAGCCGCGGGGGGCAGCAGCAGGGGAGAAAAGUCAGAAGAAGAUGGAAACACAACCCCUCCACCCCAGAGAGGGGGAAGAAUGCUUUUGGGAGGCUGAAACACUACCCCCGGCACGAUUACGACCUCUCAGCCCUCUCCAGCUCUGCAUUCCCAGGGGCAUUUGCAGGCCGCAGUAACCUGGCUUUCCAAAGGAGCCCUGAAAACCUGCCAAAGCUACCCCUGCAGAGCUGGUGCGCUGAAGUGCAUGUCUUACCCCAGCUGGUGUUACAGCCUGGCACACCACCCAUCGCUCCCCUACCCAGCCAGCCGCCCCGCAACAUACUGCUGCCUGCCAUGCUGUGCCCUGCCGACGUACCCAGGGACCUGCUCCCCCUCUACUACAGAAGCUACGAGGAACAUAAGCUCUUCAAGAAGUUCAGGAGGCUAGUGUGA